UGCACUCGCGCCUGGAUCAGAAUCUAGAGUGUUAACCGGAAAAUCUACACUGACAAGCUCGACUAAAAACUUACAAUUUGACAUGAAUUAAUUGAAAGGACUUCAACUACGUAGGGGAAAUUAACAAUAGUCGGGGUCGCUUUGAUAAAGAGGCAUCGAAGGAUUGGCUUUUCCCCAGCCCCGGGGCCGAAACACAGACUGACGCGUGAAAGCGGAUACUUUGCUAUAGACUGAGAUGGCACCUUGACGCGUCUUGCCUGUCUCAACAAAUACUCCGACUCACCGACCGCAAAAUUGCGUGCAGGAGAUAGCCCUGUGAAUUCUGCAGAAGGUGAAUGCCUUCAUCAUGAGUUUCCAGGGCAACCCAAUGAACCUUGGCAAUGGAAUGGGCAGAACUGACAGCAAGAUCAGCGCUAAGGCUUUGUUCGAACAGAGAAAAAAAUACUCCAACUCCAACAUCAUCAUGCAGGAAACAUCACAGUACCAUGUUGAACAUCUCGCCACGUUCGUGAUGGACAAGUCAGACGCCAUCGCCACAGUGGAUGACGCCAUAAGGAAGCUGGUUCUGCUGGACUCCAAAGACAAGAUCUGGACCCAGGAGAUCCUCUUGCAGGUCACCAGCUCAUCUGUAAGGCUGCUGGACUGUGACACUGAGGAGGAACUGGAGAAUUUCCCCAUGUCCACAGUGCAGAUGACUCAGACUGUGCUGAAUAAGACACGCUACCCCUCUGUGCUGCUGAUGGUGUGCCAGGACAGCGAGCAACAACGGCCCGAUAUUCACUUCUUCCACUGCGACGAGGUGGAGGCGGAGAUGGUGCAUGCUGACAUUGACAGCGCUCUGGGAGACAAUAAACAUGGAAAAAAGAUGCGCCCACAGACCCUGAAGGUGAACCAGGAGAAGAUGAAGCGACGUCAUGAGUCUAUAAUCCCCCCGUCUGCCCAGAAAGCUCCAUCCCCAGGGGGGAAGGGGAGGGUGGCAGCAAUGAGCGUGCAAGAUGCUGAGCGCCGUGGGUCAAAGAAGCAAAGCCCACAGUCUCAGGAGCAGCUGGCACAGAGCAUCGAGAGCGAUGUGCAAAUCCUGAACUGCUCUCUGGACGACAUCGAGAUCAUUGUGGCACAGCUCCAGAAGGCGGCCGAGGCCUUCUCUCAACUCAACCAGCGCAACAAGCACAAGAGGAGCAAGAAGAGACUGCCCGCAGAGGGAAUGCUAACGUUACGUGCCAAACCCCCCAAUGAAGAAGAGUUCAUUGACUGUCUGCAGAAGAUGAAGCUGGCCUUCAACCUUCUGGCCAAACUGAAGAAGCACAUCCAGAACCCCAGCGCUUCUGAGCUCAUUCACUUCCUGUUUGGACCGCUGGAGUUGGUUUUGCAGAAUUGUGGGGGGCCAGAGCUCCCUCGCUCUGUCAUCUCUCCUCACCUGUCCCAGGAUGCCGUGAGCUUCCUGCGGGGGCACCUCUCCCCCAAGGAGAUGACCACCUUUGAGCUGCUGGGAGAGGGAUGGACCCAGCCCAGGGCAGCUUGGCCUAGGGAACAGUGCGCUCCCCUCUACAUCCCAAAAUUCUUUAAUGGCUGGGAGCCCCCGGCCCAGGUCUUCCAGUCAUCGCCGUGGGAGACGGAGUGCUCUGGUUCCCCUGGCCAGUCAGGGUUUGGGAGCCCAUCCAAUCAGUCCUUUGGGCCAUUGAAUGGGACGUCAGGGAAAUAUGCCAAGAUCCGGUACCACUUUGUGGCUCGCAAUGCCAAUGAGCUGUCUGUUCUGCAGGAUGAGGUUCUGGAGGUGAUUGAGGAUAAUAAGCAGUGGUGGAAGCUGAGGAAUCGCAGUGGCCAGUCGGGGUAUGUGCCCUACAACAUCCUGGAUGUGGUGUCACUGGAGCAGCCCCAGAGCCUGCCAGAGCCUGUCCACAGCCAGCCCGUUCAGUCUCAUGCCGGCGCGUCGCCCUCCGGGUCCUUGGGCCGGGUGAACAGCUUGGAGGCCGGACGGUCCAACAGAGACUCCCGGCAUCAGAUGGAUGAAGUGAAUGACGAGCUCCUGAAGAGGAUCACUACCAGUAAGAGCCAGGGGCCCACCCGAAACUUCCGGGUGGAGCGAACGUCCAGUACCAGCGUCCCGCUCAAGUUUGAAUCCACCCCCCAGCAGGUCACCGCCUGGCUCAAAGCCAAGGGCUUCUCCGAGCCCACUACGGACUGCCUGGGCAUACUGACGGGGGCGCAGCUCUUCUCCCUAAAUAAGGAGGAGCUGAAGGCUGUAUGUGGGGAGGAGGGGGCACGUGUGUACAGCCAGACCACUGUACAGAAAGCCCAGAUAGAGAAGAGUCGUGGGGACUCAGAGCUGCAGGAGAUCAUGAAGAGAAGGCAGGAGAUGGUCAACGCCCCCUCUGAAGACUGAGUGCACAACCUGUCAAUCAUAUCCCUGGCAGCCAAUCCCCUGCAGCACUUCCCAAACCUCAUCCAUGGCCCCGCCUCCUUCUCCCUCCACUAUGUUAGCUACAAACUCCACAAGGAUGUUACACAAAAUAUUUUUUUAAUUGUAUAUUUAUUUUUUUAUUGUUUGUGUAUUCCUCAUUUUAGCCCAUUCUCUUUACAUGUAUUGCCUUGUUUGUUACGUUAUUCUUAAGAUAUAUAUUAUGCUUUUGAAGGGUAUGCAAAUGUGUGUAUGUGUUUGUGUGUCUGUAUGUGUGCAUGUGAGAAUACCUGUGUGUCUGUGUUUGUACGUGCCUGUCUGUGUGUUAGCGCGGGUGUAUGCAUUUCUCUUUGAAGCCUUGUCACUGUGUCUAGGAAAUAAUUAGUGAAGAAUAAGUAUUAAAAUGGUCUUCAGUUUUUGUCUGCAAAAUAUUUGUUAACACAUUACAAUUAGGUUAAAUGAAUUGGCAUUAACUAAUGUAGUUGUAGUCACUAUGUACUCAAGUUAAUCUGUACAGCUUUGUUUGUAAUUAAUUAUGUUAACAAUUGCAUUAGUUAAUAAUUCAUAUUGGAAUGAAAAAAAGUUAAUAAACUAAUUAUAAGUUUAUCCUAUGGUUUGUGAAUGUAGAAAUAUAUGAUACUAUAAUAAUGUAUCUAAUACAUUGGUUUUUAGUUUACACAUACAUUAAUUAAUGAGGAAUGCAUUUAAUGUUAACUGCAGUAGUUAGUGCCAAUUCAUUUACAUUAUUGUAAAGUGCAACCAAAUACAAAGAUACAGGUUUUAAUGUGCAUAAAACAAAACUGACUCACUAACAUAAUCAUCGAUAAUCAAAUUGAUCAUUUCACAUAAUCCAUUAUUGAACAUUCCACCAAAAUGAGAAAAUAUCUUUAAACCUGCAGUUCUUUGUAUAUUUUAAAAUUGUGAAGUAUGUAUUUUCUGUGUUGCUGCAGAGACUUUCACAUUUAAAGAAAAUGUACAUUGAACAAAAAUAAGAAAAAAUCUAACCUUUUCAUUUCUGUGACUUGAUAUUCAGUAUCUUACAGAACUAAUACAGUGUUUACUUCUGAUAUGCUUAAUUUGAAGAAUUGUAUUUUCUGUAAUGGUAUCUACCAUGGUGGAAGACAUUCACAUAUUUACUCUACAUGUCAUAUAUAAGUUUACAGCUUUUUUUGCAUUAAUAAAGCCAGUCGGCUACCCUUGAAAAUCAUAAAUUAAGGUGAACUUUACCCUAAAAACUAUUUCUCUCAUGAUUUGGCAUGUGUGGUUGUACCCUUCAUAUAAUACAUGGUAACAUAUA